AAAAUUAAAGUUUAUACCCCAAAAGAGUGAAAAGAGAAUCUAAGAGGGCAUAAGUCAAAAACUACUGAUCAGUCAAAAAACGCUCAACAAUGGCUGCUCCGUUACUCCUCAGAGGUCUACCACUUCUCCGGCUUCGCUUCUGCUAUCAGCGGCUGCCGAAUCCUAGCUUUGUUCUACUUUCUCCGAGGCUGUUUUCAGUUGCUUCCGAAUCGGCUCAGCCCUUCGACGACGCGGCGUCCGAUGGGGACCAGACCACCGCCGUGCUAAGCGCCAAAGACCCGCCCAAUUACCCGAGAUGGAGUGACCCGGACUAUCGAAAAUGGAAAGACCAGGAAACUCAGAUACUCAAAGAUAUCGAGCCCGUUAUUUUCCUGGCUAAGGAAAUUAUCCACUCCGAUAGGUAUAUGGAUGGAGAACGUUUGACAGCAGAAGAUGAGAAAAUAGUGGUAGACAAGCUUCUUGCUUAUCAUCCCCAUUCUGAAGAUAAAAUUGGAUGUGGCCUCGACUCAAUUAUGGUUGAUCGGCAUCCCCAGUUCAAACGAUCCAGGUGUCUCUUUGUCGUAAGAUUGGAUGGUGGAUGGAUAGACUUUUCCUAUCAGAAGUGUCUUAGACAGUACAUUCGAGAUAAGUACCCUUCUUAUGCCGAAAAAUUCAUAAAAGAACACUUCAAACGUGGUAGUUGAGUUUUAUUUCAAACAGCCUCUCCUCACAUAAAUACUAAAGUUGGAAGUUGUUGGCCUGUAAGAGCCCUAUGGUGGGUCUUUCUCAAUGAAGGAACAAGAAAAUGACAGGAUCUUAUGAAUGCUUGGUGUGCGACUAAAGGUGUUUAUGGAUUAAAUGACCAACAAAUGACUCUCUGAUACUUUUAGUCAAUGUGGUAGAUAUUAGUUGACCAGAGCAAUUCAAGUUUUAUUUGGUGGGAGAAUAAAGCUGAUGGAAAUUUAAAAAAAAAAAGUACACUUCCAUAGUAAUUAGAUGGCUCUGCUUGUAAUGUUGACUAUCACUCUUUUUUGGUGAAUCACUGUCUCUAUCUUCUUUAAUUUCUGAAGGCACAUUACCUGGCAUA